UUUGUUUAGAGAUUCACUUUCUCAAUCUCUAUGGAGACAGGCUGUGGUAUCAUCUCUGAGGACCAAGGAUCACCACCUCUGCAGACCAGCAGAGAAAAUACAAUUGCAGGUCAUGCGCAUCCUACAGGGAUGAUCCAGCUUCUUGGAGACACCGUCCAGUUCACCGUCAAUGUGAGUGAAUUUUCUCCAGAGGAUGUUAUCAUCACAUACUACAACAACCGGAUAGAUGUGCAUGCUGAGAAGUUGGGAAAAGAUGGAGCAGUCACAAACACUUUCUACCACCAAUGCAAACUACCAUCAAAUGUGGACCCCACAUCAGUGACGAUGGCCACGGAAGGCAAAGGGGUCCUGACUGUCAGAGCUCACAGGGUGCAUUAGUUUCAGACUCGCAUCUUUACCUCUGUGUGUCCUGUUUAAAAGCUGGAUUUUGGUGACACCUGUUGGUUGCCAAAGGAACUGACCAAUCCAUGAAUCUGGUCCUUAAAGUGUGAUUGUCUUUUUGAGCCUUGGUAACCUGAUUUGACAUUUCAAUCCAUCAAGAGCUGCAUCUCAAAAACGUGUAAAAGGAUUGUUGAAA